AUGAAGAUAAUGCAAGUAGUCUUGUUUAUCUCGUCUGCAAGUGUUGUGUUCCUGGAUGAAGUGUUGUCAUUGGGGUUAGAUCAGUCACAACUUUCCAGCAGAGUUUACCACAAAUUGCAAUGGAAGAAUAUUCCAAUAUGCUCGAAUUCAAAUAACAAAACAUUGCUAUAUAACAUGAGUGCUCUUGCUGGAAACCCUUUUAAUGUGAAGAAAUACGUUCUCAAGUGCUCCAUCCUGUGUCAGGUGUUUUCUGAAUCCUGUUAUGCUUUCCAAGUAAGCGUGAAGUCAGAUGGUGGUGCUGCUAACGAUGUUUUUUGUUAUCAGUUUAACGAUUUGCCAGUUGGUGUGUCGAAAUAUCCUCAAAACAACUGCUCCUUGCACGUGGCUGACAAUAUUAAGAUUUUGUUCACACUUGUAGAGCUCGUAUUCCCGAAUGUUUCUUCAUGGGGCUUCCUGGAUAACACGCCGAAUCUUACGGAUUCCAACUUGAUUGAAAUUUUGGGAGCAGCCAAAUAUUAUCACAUGAACAUAGGAAGAGGAAUCUCCGUGUACAAACUUGAUUUGGAGAACGUUUUCUUGUUUGACUACCACCAUUUCAAUAUUUUCGCCGAUGCUCUUGACGCUCAGAGGAUGAAGAGCUUCUUCGUGAAUGCACCAGAUGGCACGAUAGUUGUUGGUCAGACGAGUGAUGAACCAUCAUAUGGCCUUGGACCAAUUGCUUCCUACCUGAAAAAAAUCAAUUUGGACGUGACUAACAUGCAAUUUCGAGGAAAGUGGGUCUUUCUGUGGCAGCAGGGGGCAUACGAAAAAACCCUUUCCUUCUUGGAUAGUGGGAAACAACUUCUCACAAAGCAGUUUCUAAUUUACAAUCGAGAUCAGCUGACACCAUUUCUGACUGGAAAGUUGUCCGAAUCCGAAUUCAAUAACAUCAACAAGAAGAUGAGCAUAGGCCACUUAUAUUUCUAA